UAUAGUAACGGAAGAGUUUCAACAGGUCCCGACGAUUACAUUUCUUGUGGAAAAAGAGUCCUUUUCGGAAAACUAUUCAAUGACUUUUACCGACACAUGGUUACUUCGUAUCUCAAAGAGUAUGUGAUACGUUAUUAUCUGGAUAUCAUCAACGCACAAUAUCUUGACCAGACCUACUCAAGUGCGAAAAUAGAUGAGUUUAUCUUCAUAAGCAGAUUACAGAGAGAGAUAUCGUCAAUGAAGGCCAAGGGGGACACAACCAAUGAUUACCUCUGGAGGUGUGAUCUGCCAAGUUACGAUAACAGUAACGGAACUCUGUAUUACGAGAUGACUCACAUGAUGCAAACGGUAAUAGUAAAAGAGGAAAAUCUGGAUAUUCAUCAAUCUUGUAGUCAUAAUUGUGACACAUGGUACAUUGAAGAUUCAAUGAAUUACACGGAAUGUGAUGGAUAUUACCAUUGUCGUUACAUCGACAGUAGUUACGAGAUAUGUGAACCAGUAAGUAGUUUAAUCAAGAACCAAACUCAUUGGUCUCCUAGAACAUGCAGUGAAUCGCGAUAUUCCGACGAGAUGGAAUAUGAAUUGGAUUUGCCGAUCAAAUCGCCACAAAACUCAAUAGAUAAGUAUAGAGGUAACGUUCUAUUUCAUUAUUCGGGCUUGACAAAAGACGCUGGGCAAUCAACAGUACCAUUCUUUGACGGUCAAGAUGUUGAAGGUGAUCCUGAAUUUUCUUUGGGAGGAGUUGGGGUUAUUCAUCGUACAAGGAAAGGUUAUGGUGGAUUUUUGGCUUUUAGAAUUUAUAUGCCAAUAUUUGGACAAAAUUUUAAGAAUGAAUUGUAUGAAGAAUAA